UUGGUGUCCGCCAAUUUGCAAAAGAGAAGGAGAAGAACCAGCAGCACACAGCAACCAGGAAACCUUAAUUGUGUUAUACCACCCCGGCAGAAUCCAUUUCGUGUCAUUUGACUGAAUUGAACUCACACAUUUACCUGUAAAGAUGUCCAAAAGACAUCGGUUGGAUUUAGGUGACGACUACUCCACCAGUAAGAAGAGGUCUGAUGGAAGGGACCGUGAUCGUGAUAGAGAACGGGAGGACCGCUCGAGGGACAGGGACAGAGACCGGGACAGAGACCGGGAUCGUGACAGAGACUUGAAGCCGUCGAGUGUGCCGUCUAACAGCACGGCUGCAGUUUCUGCAGCAUUACCAACCAUCAAGCAGAUGUCUGUUCACCAGCAGGUCAAUCCCUUCACCAAUCUACCACACACACCACGUUACUAUGAGAUCCUGAAGAAGAGGUUACAGCUCCCAGUGUGGGAGUACAAGGAGAACUUCAGCGACAUCAUAACGCGCCACCAGAGCUUUGUCCUUGUUGGAGAGACCGGCUCUGGGAAGACAACACAGAUCCCUCAGUGGUGUGUGGACAUGGUGAGAGGUCUGCCUGGCCCUAAACGUGCUGUGGCCUGUACUCAGCCCAGAAGAGUGGCAGCCAUGAGUGUGGCUCAAAGAGUGGCAGAUGAAAUGGACGUGAUGCUUGGACAGGAAGUCGGUUACUCCAUCCGAUUUGAGGACUGCAGCUCCGCAAAGACUAUACUGAAAUACAUGACAGAUGGUAUGUUACUAAGAGAGGCUAUGAACGACCCCCUGCUGGAGCGAUAUGGUGUGAUCAUUCUGGAUGAGGCCCACGAGAGAACUCUGGCCACAGACAUUCUGAUGGGUGUCCUCAAGGAGGUGGUGCGUCAAAGACGAGAUCUAAAGGUUAUUGUCAUGAGCGCCACACUUGAUGCUGGGAAGUUCCAGGUGUACUUUGACAGCUGCCCCCUGUUGACCAUUCCUGGGCGCACACACCCAGUGGAGAUCUUUUACACCCCGGAGCCAGAGCGUGAUUACCUCGAGGCAGCGAUUCGCACCGUCAUCCAGAUUCACAUGUGUGAGGAAGACGAAGGUGACUGCCUUCUUUUCCUCACUGGUCAAGAGGAAAUUGACGAGGCCUGCAAACGGAUCAAGAGGGAGGUUGACGACCUUGGCCCUGAGGUUGGAGAUAUAAAAAUCAUUCCACUGUAUUCUACGUUGCCGCCACAGCAGCAGCAAAGAAUAUUUGAGCCACCUCCUCCCAGAAAGCCAAAUGGUGCGAUAGGAAGGAAGGUUGUAGUGUCGACAAACAUCGCUGAAACGUCUUUAACUAUUGACGGUGUGGUGUUUGUGAUUGAUCCUGGAUUUGCCAAACAAAAGGUAUACAAUCCUCGUAUCAGAGUGGAGUCUUUGCUUGUCACAGCCAUCAGUAAAGCGUCGGCUCAGCAGAGGGCUGGCCGAGCUGGCAGAACACGACCCGGGAAAUGUUUCCGCCUCUACACAGAGAAAGCUUACAAAACAGAAAUGCAGGAUAACACGUACCCUGAGAUCCUUCGAUCCAACUUGGGUUCCGUUGUCCUGCAGUUGAAAAAGCUUGGUAUCGAUGACCUGGUGCACUUCGACUUCAUGGAUCCACCUGCUCCUGAAACACUGAUGAGAGCCCUCGAGCUUCUGAAUUACCUCGCUGCCCUCAAUGACGACGGCGACCUGACGGAGCUGGGCUCCAUGAUGGCAGAGUUUCCACUGGACCCUCAGCUGGCUAAGAUGGUUAUUGCUAGCUGCGAGUUCAACUGCUCUAACGAGAUCCUUUCAAUUACUGCCAUGCUGUCAGUCCCACAGUGUUUUGUCCGGCCCACGGAGGCUAAGAAGGCAGCAGACGAGUCCAAGAUGAGGUUUGCUCACAUUGACGGAGACCACUUGACCCUGCUCAACGUCUACCAUGCCUUCAAACAAAACCAUGAGUCCAACCAGUGGUGCUAUGACAACUUUGUCAACUACCGUUCACUGAUGUCUGCUGACAACGUGCGGCAGCAACUGUCCAGGAUCAUGGAUCGUUUUAACCUGCCCCGUCGCAGCACUGAGUUCACCAGCAGGGAUUACUACAUCAACAUCCGCCGGGCACUCUGCACCGGCUUCUUUAUGCAGGUAGCUCAUUUGGAGCGCACUGGUCAUUACCUCACAGUUAAAGAUAACCAAGUGGUCCAACUGCACCCAUCGACAGUAUUGGACCACAAGCCUGAAUGGGUGCUCUACAAUGAAUUUGUCCUCACCACUAAGAACUACAUCCGCACUUGUACAGACAUCAAGCCAGAGUGGCUGGUGAAGAUUGCUCCUCAGUACUAUGAAAUGAGCAACUUCCCGCAAUGUGAAGCUAAGAGACAACUGGAGCGAAUCGUUGCCAAACUAGAGAGCAAAGAAUAUUCCCAGUACUGAUCAAAGAGUCCAGGAAAAAAAAAAGUUUGCAUAAUAUAGUUUUAGAUCCGUCAGUACCAUUGUAUCUUAAUGUUUAAAAUUCAGCCUCAUUAUUUUUAUAUUUUGAUUUCUUUUGUCCUAUCAACUUCCUUUUCUUCCUUAUGUUUUUUCCCCCAUUGAUGUCAAUCAUAUGUAAUUGAAAAGUCAGAUGAGAGUUCAGCAGUGAAUAUUAGACCUGGCUAAACAGAUUUUCAGAAGGAAUGUCAAUGUCAGAAAACAUGUCGGUUAGAUGUGUUGGAUUUAUCCUGUCAUUUUUGAGUAAUUAAAAAAAGUGUGCUGGCUUUGUUUCUUAUAAUAAAGGAGCUUUGACUGACUUCUGUUUACAUAUUAAUAUAUUAAACCUAGUAAGUGCAAAAAG